AUAUAGUUUUGUGAAGCUUAACGAGUCUUAGUAAGUUUUGUUCUACAAAGAAGUAGGUUAAUCAAGGUUGAUUCAUUAAAUGAUGAUUAAUAUAACUGGAUGCAGUGAAGAACUGGAGGGCCUUCCAGCUGUUGAAGGAUGUUAAUCAGUAGACCGACCAUCUUCAGCUCGACUGCGUGAGCUGGCUUCUGGAAGUUGUUACAUGUGAUGUACGUUACGUCUACCACGUUCCCACUCAUGUUUGAGGGAGAAAGAGAAUACAACUUGACCAAACACAUACCCGGAAAUACGUAUCAUUACUACGGACUUGCUGCUGUUGUGCCUUUCUGUCUGGUGAUUAUCGUCUUUAUCAUCUUGUCUGUCGUGGGGAACAUUAUGGUCAUCAUAACUGUGGCUCGACACAAGGGAAUGCGGACAAGAACCAACAUGUUCAUCGUGAACUUAGCCGUGGCUGAUAUGUUGACUGCGGUCAUUGAUAUGCCAAUUUCCUUAGUGACCUUGAUCCACGGAGACUGGAUUUUGGGGGAUUUCUUCUGUCAGCUGAAUGGAUUCACCAUGGCUUUGUUUUUCAUCUGUUCCAUCCACACCUUGAUGUACAUUAGCAUCCACAAAUAUAUUUCCAUCACUCGUCCUUUUAGACAGGUGAUGUCGCACCAGAAGGUUCUCUUGAUGAUAGGUGCAGCUUGGUGUUGGGCUGCUCUGUGUGCCACUUUUCCUCUGUUGGGCUGGAAUAAAACCAUCUAUAAGAAGGGUUCCUCACAGUGUGGCCCUAGUCUUCCCGAUGACUGGAAGGACUUUUCACACUCCAUUUUGAUUACUGUUUCUAACUACAUUGUUCCCCUGGUGGUAAUGAUCUUCUGCUACUCCGGAAUUUUCAAAGAAAUUGAUAAUCACAUGCACAGGAUACGAGAGACAUCCAACAUUCCUCUUCAGGAUACCAUACACCAACAGAGGCGGAUAUCAGUCACGCUCUUCUUAGUUCUGUCAUGUUUUCUGAUUUGUUGGACACCUUAUGUUGUCUACUCCUCAACUGUGGCUUUCAUCAAAGACAAGAGAUUAGUUCCUCUUGUUGUGAAUCCUGUAGCAUACUGGUGCGGCUACCUGAACUCUGCUUGUAAUCCAGUCAUAUAUGGGUUCAAAAAUCAUUCGUUUCGACAAGGAUACAAAGAAAUUAUGUGUGUCCAAUCAUCGGUUCCACCAUCUGAAGAGGGAACAAGACCUCAACAGGAUCCCUCAUCGAGCCAACCGAUCACAAGAGAAGAAGGACUGAACUUCUCCCAGAUCAGUUUGAUGGGUUUUACACUUCCAUCUCGAAGAAGAGACUGUCACAGCAACCGGCCGUCGAGAAUACGCCGGACGUUCCACGAGGUUACUGUGGGAAAAAACAAAGUUGUGUCCGAGUUCCGGGUGGAAGACGGAGAUCUACUGCGCUCCUCGUUACCUCUUAAUCCUCUUAUUGAGGAAAGACAAGAAGAAAGCAUAGAUACUGGUUAGAGAUGAGGCUUACUAACACGGAUACAGAAUUCAAAACGUGAUUACUUUAAAACAAAUAUUUUGUUCCCAAUUGAUUUUGUAGUAUUUUGCUAUUUCCGCCGCCACUAAUUUUGAACUACUGACCAGUCAGUCAGUCAGUCAGUAGUCUACCACAUACCAUCAUCUUCGCUAAAGGAACGACAGUAACUUAUAGGACAUAGUUCGGGGAAUGCGUUGUAGUAUCGAAAGUACUCAAACCCUGUUCGCCAGCUUCGAAAUUCGUGGAUAACCUGCAACCAGAAAGAAAUGUUAAAGCUCCAACCAUUUUUAUAAUGUUUGAGUUUAAGGUUUUCCUUCAGAGCUAACUAUUACCGAAUUACACCAAUAGAUGGCGUCAGUGCAUGAAUA